CACACCAAGUCUGCUUACCUUCCCUACUUUGAGAAGACCAUUGAGAUGGUUCUUCCCUUGGCUGAACACCCCUACGAGGGCGUGCGCAAGAGCACCAUCAGCACCCUGCACCGCUCCUACGCCAUGCUGUACUGCAUUGCUGAGGAGAGCGGCCAGAUGGCCAAGUGGCAGCCUGGUCUGCCCCUCCAGGUCCAGCCCGCCAAGGAGGUCCAGAAGUUUGGUGAAAUUCUCAUGACCGCCACUGUUAAGAUGUGGACUGAGGAAGAUGAUCGUGCUACCGUCGCCGACAUCAACCGCAACAUGGCUGAGAACCUGCGUUACUGCGGUCCUUCCUUGAUCUCCAACGAGACCACCCUGCACAACGUGAUCACCAUGAUCACUGACAUCAUUACCAAGAAGCACCCUUGCCAGCUCGAGUUCGGCCCUGAAGAGGAGACCCUCGAAGCCGGUGAGGAGACUUCUGAGUUCGACUGGGUUGUCGUUGACACCGGUCUCGAUGUUGUCUCUGGUAUGGCUGCUGCUCUUGGCGCCAGCUUUGCCGAGCUGUGGAAGGUCUUCGAAAAGACUGUCAUGCGCUAUGCUGGCAGCACCGAGGCUCUUGAGCGCGCCACCGCUGUCGGUGUCAUUGCUGAGUGCAUCAACGGUAUGGGUUCCGCUGUCACCCCGUACACCGCUAGCUUCCUGAAGCUCCUUGUCCACCGCCUUGGUGAUGAGGAUACUCAGACUCGCUCCAACGCUGCCUACGCCGUUGGCCGUCUCGUUGAGCACUCCGAGGCCAAGGACCAGAUUGUCAAGGAGUUCCCCACCAUUCUCUCUCGUCUGGAGCAGUGCCUUCACAUGAAUGUCUCCCGUCUUCAGGACAAUGCUACCGGUUGCCUGAGCCGCAUGAUCCUCCGCCACCGCGAGAACGUUCCCAUUAAGGAUGUCCUUCCCGUCCUUCUCACUAUCCUUCCUCUCAAGAACGACUACGAGGAGAACGACCCCUUGUACCACAUGAUCUGCCAGCUUUACAAGUGGGAGGACCCCACUGUCCGUGAGCUCACUCCUCAGCUCGUUCCCAUCUUCCAGGCUGUUCUCAGCGACGAGGACCAGCUGGAGGAUGAGCGCCGGGCCGAGCUCAUUGAGCUUGUCAAGUGGCUGAACCAGAUGCAGCCUGGUGCUGCCCCAUGGGCUGACCAGCUAUCGGGUCUCUCUACGAGGACUCUUAUGGACGACGUUAGAAGAUACCCCUGGGGAGCCAAUGAGCGAUGA